AUGGGAGUGAUGAAUCGUCGACUUGCGAUCGGUGGUGUGGCGGCGGGCCUGCUUUACUUCGCGUUGCCAGCGAGAUGGCCCGAGUUCUUCAAGACACCCGGUGUUCGAAAUAUUGAGAGAGCGUAUCAGAAUGGAGGAGCUACAUCCACGCACACCAAGGCAUACGGAGGUACAAUCCAAGGUCGGGCCGAUGAGACGAUGAGAGACAACGCAGGCACAAGUGUGCCUGAAGGAUUCGCCAAAGAAGGCAUCGGCCACGACCAACGUCCGGAACCUCUCACGAAAUUUGGUGAGAAAUGGAACGAAUUCCAUUAUGGCCACCCCAAAGGGAAGUAA